AUGUCAGAUAUCAUUGUACCUGGAUUUAAGAGCUCUGAGCUCAUUGCUGAAUUGAGCAAGUCUUUCGAGUCAUUUUCACCCGAGGAAAAAGCUAAAUUACUAAAGCAGGUCAAUGGCAUUUUUCAAUUUACAAUUAAAAACAAGAAUGGCAAAGAGGAGAUUUUCAUUGUUGACUGCAAAAAGGAAGGAAAGGUAUCUCGUGGCAAAGGUUCUGUCAAGCCAGAUGCCGUUUUGAUUCUCAAAGAUGAAGAUUUUGUUGCUUUGGCUACUGGAAAGCUUGUUGGUCAAAAGGCUUACAUGACUGGCAAGCUCAAGAUUAAGGGACAAAUCAUGUUGGCAAUGAAGUUGGAUAGUGUCUUCAAGACAAUUCAGCUCCCCUCUGCCAAAUUAUAG